AUGCGAUCAGCUCAAGAUAGCAAUCUCCAGUCCUUGCAGGCCAGUGUGAAAUGGCGUCACGUGGAAAAUGUGAAUAAAGACAUGUGGGAUACUUUCUGUAAACUGCUGAGUCAUCAGACUAUGAUCUUAGCAAUAAAUUCCAGCUAUGUGGAUCCCUUAGAGCAAUUUGAUACUCAACUGAAGAAAACAGAGGAAUGCUUUAAAAAUGUGUUCUCCAUGCCUGAUAUAGAAAUACUAAAAAAAAGGCAAAUGAGUCGAGAUGACCUAGAAGACAUUGAGCAACUGUACCAAACUAUUUUAACCACCUUUGAGGACACGCUUCUGAUCUUGGUGUCAAAAGACCUCUACAAGCUACAGAUCUUAAGGGAAAUGAUCAUAUGGAUGAACAGAGACACCUAUUACUUGCAGGAACGAGUCCUGAACAUCAUAAGCAGAGUCUUAAAGUAUUCAACAAGAAAAGUUAAGGGAUAUUCAAGUGUUGAUGCUCCAUGUAUGGGUCAACUGGCAGCAGAACUGGUCAUUUUAUGCAAUCAUGAAGAGCCCUCUAUUGUUUUCCAGGCUUCUUUGGCGAUGUAUUAUCUCCUCUGCAUUAUAAAAUGCCAGAAUGAGGAUUUGUGUGCAUAUCUAAUGAUGGAGUUGCGACCACCAGAAAACUGCAAGUGUUUCAACCCUUUUGAAAAUGACUUCACGCCUAGUACUUUUCAGAAAAACAAUGCUGCUAUUGCUAUGUAUAUAGGUGAAUACUUGCCACCAUACCUGCUGAAUGACUUUGUCUUUGGUCUUCUGAAGAAACUUUGCAACCCUCCAUUGAAGACUGCAACAAAAGCAUCAACCUUGUUGAAACUGGUCCUAAUGGACUAUGGCACUAAAGUGACUGGGGCAGCUAAGAUUGUGGAUUAUAUUCAUAAGCAAUUGAGUAGUGAGUCACCUAACAUUCUAAAGCAUGCACUGCUGCAGGUAGUCACCUUGUUGACUCGCUGCUGCCCCCAGAAAGUCGUCUUUCAACUUUUGGACUAUACGUAUCCAGUAAACAGGAUGGAAGCUCCAAAGGAUAUAGAGCUUUGGGUCUCACAUGAGGGCUGCAGAUUCCAAGUGGGAAGAAACAAGGCAGCUGCUACAGGAAGUUUAGUGCUGGAGAUGUGGCAAGCAGUCAGUUCAGAAACAGACUCCUCACCUCUUGUGCUGAAGACAAUCCUGACGGUGCUGAAGGGGAAGCCUGGAGAAGUAGAAGGAAAUAAUCCAGCGCAGAAACGUUUUUCUCUUGAUGAUGCCAACAUGAUGCCUGUGACAGCAGCCCAGGCUCUGUGUACCUUACUCCCUGUCCCUGAGUACAGGAAAGCAGCAGCCCAGUUUUUCCCUGAGCUGUUAAUUGCCCUAAUACUACAACUCCAUUAUAACAGUGAAAUGAAGCUAAAAAAAAAUACAGAACAAUGCUUUGCCCAGCAGGCUUUGAGGCUCCUACUGAGAUGUUCAGGAUUACAACAAGUGGAUAACGCCCUUCAGAAAAAGGGUUGCUGGAACCAGUUUUCCAAUGUCAUAUUUCAUCACUACGGAGUCUACGUCAUUGCCAAAACUCUCAGUGAGUAUAACUUCACACAGCUCCCUGAGACCUUACAUUACCUCUACAAGCUCUCUCUGGAAGGCCCCAGGAGAACAGAAGACAGUGUCACCACAGUCAUCUUCCUCAUUGAGCUUCUGAAUAACUUUUUUAAGGAUCCAUUCCCUGAAGAAUUUUUGGCACUUUUCAGAACCUGGGUAAAUGACCCAAACCCUACAGUUUCCAAGUUAAGUCUCCAGAAGAUUGCCACCAUGUCAUCAGUUAUUAAUCAGGUAUCAAACGUCAAAGAGUUAAUAUUUUGUAUAGUGGAUUCCUUCUCCUCCAAAGACAAAACUAUCACAAUACAGGCCAUGAAUACCCUCCGAAGGCUUCUGUCUGGGAUGGACAAAGUAACAUACUCCUCCCUGUGUGUCCCAAUUGCUUCCAGCUACUACCCCCUCAUGGACCAUGACAUGCCAAGCAUUCGAGCAAUGGCCAUUAGACAUUUUGGUGAAUUACUCAAGGAAAUGAAUCAAUAUACUCGGAUGUUAAAGCCUACUAUUAUCAAGGCCUUGGUACCUUUGAUCCUGUUCUUGGAAGAUAUAGAGAUCAAAGUAGUUAAAGCAUGUAAAUAUACAUUAAACAUCUGUGCUCCAUGUUUUAAGUGGAACUCUUCACCUUUGCUCCAAGAUGAAGUUUACAAUUAUGAGAUAGUUGUGCUCAGCAUCUGCAACUGCCUUUUCAACAAUUAUGGAAACUACAUUUCAGAGACUAUUUAUACGACCUUAGAAUUUUUAAAGAGCACUAGGGCUUAUCUAAGGAAAGCAGCAGUCAUUUUAGUAGGAUACCUGGCAAAGCUGGGGAGUCAUUUACUUCUCAGGGAUGAAGUUGAAAUCAUGAUUAAGAAUAUGGAAAAAGUGCUCCAUGAUGAAGAUCAUUCCAUCAAGCGGAUGGCUAAUUUUACCUACAUAUUAUUUAGGAAAAUGGCCAAAGAAAUGCAAGACCCUAACCUUAAACAACAUUUCCGAAGGACAUAG